AUGACGUCACCAGUGACGCGGGGGGGCCGGAGGGGCCGGAGGGAGGGACCCCCGGGGCCGGCCAGGUCCAAGUCCCCGUCCCCGUCCCCGUCUCCGUCCCGGUCCCCUGUCCCGGUGGUCCCGGUGGUCCCUGUCCCGGUGGUCCCUGUGGUCCCGGUCCCGGUGGUCCCGGUCCCUGCGGUGACGGUGUCCGCGCUCAGCCUCGCGCUCAGCGUGCUGUCUCUGCUGCUGCUCGUGACCGCCAUCUCCACCGACCACUGGCACGAGACGGACACGCGCCGGCACAAGAGCAACUGCGACCGGAACGGGUCCGAGUCCAACGACCAGAAGAACCGGGACAUGCCGAUCUACCACCUGCCGCUGCUCGAGCCCGGGACGCGGGACGCGGCGCGCAUGAAGCCCGUGCACGUGGGCAGCAGCGAGGACGAGCUUCUGGAGAACUGGAGGGCCAUCCUGGGGAUGGGCAUCCUGGAGACGGACUGCGGGAGACCCCUGUUCUCCUCUCACUCUGGCCUCUGGAGGAGGUGCUACUGCAGGGGCCUGGACCGGGACAUCGACCGGCUGGUGGAGAGGGGUAUCGCAGAUCGCUGCACAGCUGUGAAGUAUCACUUCUCUCAGCCAAUCAGACUGAGGAACAUCCCUCUGAACCUGACCAGGACCAUCCAACAGGACGAGUGGCACCUGCUGCACCUGAGGAGAAUCACUGCGGGGUUCCUCGGCAUGGCGGCGGCUGUCCUUCUGUGUGGAACCAUCGUGGUGUCGGUCGGGUUCUUCUGGGAGGAGAGUCUGACGCAGCACGUCUCUGGAUUACUGUUCCUCAUGGCAGGGAUCUUCUGCACCAUCUCUCUGUGUACGUAUGCAGCCAGUGUGACCUAUGACCUCUCCAGGAACCCCCCCUUCAUCUACGGUCUGCCGGCUGACGUGGAUCACGGCUACGGCUGGUCUCUCUGCUGUGCCUGGGCCAGUCUGGGUCUCACCGUGGCCUCCGGCUGCAUCGGUACCACCUUCCCCUUCCUGAGCCGGGCCGGAGCUCUGCGCUCCAAAACCGCCCGUGAGUCCUCCGUCUGA